AUGUUCAGGGUACCAGCUGUGCGUGUAGCAGGCAGACGUUUCGUCCAGCCACAGCCAUUUAGAGGCGUUGCUAGAGGUUUAGCCACUCGUUCACUCGCAAAUGGUCUCCAGCGUAUGAGCAUGCGCUCUGCAGUGAUUCCAACUGCAUUGGCCCGCGGAGCUAGCACCCACUCAGCUCGCACAUACGCAACUUUCCAACGCGACAAGCCACACUUGAAUGUCGGUACCAUUGGACACGUCGAUCACGGAAAGACUACGCUCACUGCAGCCAUCACAAAGUACCUCACUGAGAAAUCUGGCAAGGGCCAGUUCCUCGAUUACAACCAAAUCGAUAAGGCACCAGAAGAGAAGGCUAGAGGUAUCACUAUCUCCACCGCCCACGUCGAAUACGAGACCGAGAACAGACACUACGCACACGUUGACUGCCCAGGACACGCUGAUUACAUCAAAAACAUGAUUACUGGUGCUGCCCAAAUGGAUGGUGCUAUCAUUGUAGUCUCCGCUGCAGACGGCCAGAUGCCUCAGACCAGAGAGCACCUUCUCCUUGCCAAGCAGGUCGGUGUCAAGAAACUCGUCGUGUACAUCAACAAGGUCGAUCAAGUUGAUGAUCCUGAAAUGUUGGAACUCGUAGAUAUGGAAAUCCGUGACUUGCUCUCUACGUACGGAUACGAUGGUGAUAACACCCCAAUCGUUAAGGGCUCCGCACUUGCUGCUCUCGAAGGCCGCAACCCUGAGAUUGGUACAAACUCAAUCGAUGAGCUCAUGGAAGCUUCCGAUAGCUGGUUGGAUAUCCCAGAGAGAGAUCUCGACAAGCCAUUCCUGAUGCCUAUCGAAGACACCUUCACCAUUUCUGGUAGAGGUACUGUCGCCACCGGCAGAGUUGAGAGAGGUACUAUCAAGAAGGGUGAGGAAAUUCAAAUUCUCGGUCUCGGUAACUCAUUCAAGACCACACUCACUGGUAUCGAGUCCUUCCACAGGGAGUUGGACCGUGGUGAGUCCGGUGACAACAUGGGUGCCUUGCUCAGAGGUGUGAAGAGAGAGCAAAUCCGUCGUGGUCAAGUCAUUUCCGCAGUUGACUCUAUCAAGAGCUAUAAAAAGUUCAAGGCUCAGCUCUACAUCCUCACAAAGGAAGAGGGCGGUCGUCACUCUCCAUUCUUCGAGAAUUACCGCCCACAACUCUUCAUCAGAACCUCUGACGUUACCAUUUCUCUCAAGUUCCCAGAAGGCACUGCUGACGCUGGCGAGAAGAUGAUCAUGCCUGGUGACAACGUUGAGAUGGUCGGCGAACUCGUUCACGACUUGCCACUGGAAAACAACUCUAGAUUCACGCUCAGAGAGGGCAACAAGACGAUUGGUACUGGUAUUGUCACUGAGGUGAUCGCUUGA